CACACUCUUGUGGUAUGGCACCUGGUGCUCUGUCGAGUUUUCCUAAUAUCAACAGGGUUUUGAAUCUCAUACAAGAUGCUGACAAAUCAAAAAGGAGAAACGCUAUUUCUAUUAUCAAAUCUGAAGUUGAUUCAAAGCUAGCGGCUAAGGAAGCGGAAGACAUAGAGACCCUGCUAGACAUUCUAGCUCCCCAAUUGUCUCAUGCACUCUCUGAUACUGUAGAAUCACAUAGAGAAAUGAUUAUUGAAAUAUUAAUGAAACUCAUUUCUGAAGCAGAAUGUAUCGAAAAAUUGGUUCCACAUCUAUUACCCGUCCUUGUGAGGCGGGUUGCCGAAAAAGAGUCCGUAGAGCCCGCUGAAGAGCUUCGCUUCGGCUACCUCACCGUUUUACAUAAUAUAGUGGAAAAGUGCAAGAAUAACAAAUCAUAUUCAACAGAAUAUAUGCUUAUUCUUAAAUCUUCCGUAGCUGACAGUUAUCCUGAAGUUAAAAAGUUGGCCUUUUUGCUCCUCAGAAUUUUGGCAAUCAAGCUAGAGCAAGCUUUUUAUGUUAAAUCAGAGGAUAUCAUUGAUCCAAUUGUGGAGAAUAUAACCCAUCAGCAUUCAAAAAUCAGACAGGAGGCAAUAAAAACCAUUGGGGUGGUAAUGAUGAAUAGUCCUGGAAAACAUGUUGAGAAAAUAAUUCCGCCUCUGACCCAAAGGCUUUUUGAUCCAAGUCCAGCUGUUCGAAAGGAAGUUAUUGACGUUGUCGGAUCAUGGCUUCUAAAUUUGACAGACAGAUAUUCAUAUCAUCUGCGGCUCAUACCAUUGCUUCUUACCGGCCAACAAGACGAAUUCUAUGAAAUACGCGAACUUUCCCGGGACCUUUGGCAUGAUGUUGGAAUCAAGUUUGAGAAAGAGAAUGAAGAACAAUUGAAGGACAAGCUCGACUUCCCAAUUGCCCCACCCGACUUUUAUCCUUCUUACUCCAGGCCUAAUUUCGCUCUUGUUAUUAUAUAG